CGUGAAGGAACUUCCGCUUCUCCGUGCGACGACUUCAGGAAGAAGGAGGAAGCCACCGCGGCAAGAGCUGGCGAGAUAGCGGAGCGGCCGUCGUGGUAGAUUCGAGUCCGGCCGAGCUGCGAAUCCGGGAAACGGCUCCCCCUCCCCCACCCCGCUCUCAACGGUUUUUUCCUCUCAUAAACGUCGACAUGACGUACCCAGGGUUCGGAGCGUAUGGAGCUUACCGUGGGCAGGUGCCAAUGCAAAUGGCAAUGGGUCAACCAGUUCCCGGAGGAGUGCAAAGUGUGGCCCAUGGUGGAUCUCCUGGCUAUUCUGUUUAUUCUGGUGCCUAUGCUGCAGCCGCUGCUGCUGAUCCCUUGUGGACAUUUUUCAGUGCUAUUGCUGGACAGGAUGGUGAAGUGGAUGCUGAGGAGCUACAGAGAUGUCUAACCCAGUCUGGAAUCAGUGGAACUUACUCUCCAUUCAGCUUGGAGACGUGCAGAAUUAUGAUAUCAAUGUUGGAUAGAGAGAAUACUGGGAAAAUGGGAUACAAUGAAUUUAAGGAACUCUGGGCCGCUCUCAGUGCUUGGAAACAAAAUUUCAUGAUGAUAGAUCAAGACCGAAGCGGAACUGUGGAACUUCAUGAAUUGACUCAAGUCAUUGUAGCUAUGGGUUAUAGGCUAAGCCCACAGACAUUAAUUUCUAUUGUAAAACGUUACAGCAAGAAUGGCAGAAUCUUUUUUGAUGACUAUGUGGCUUGCUGUGUGAAGCUUCGGGCUUUGACGGAUUUCUUUAGGAGAAGAGACAGCAUGCAACAGGGCAUUGUGAAUCUUGUAUACGAUGAUUUCUUGCAGUGCACCAUGGCUAUCUGAGUGCCAAUUGUGGAAGAAAAUUCCAUGUAUAAUUUCAACUACUUUGAGAAAACUAACUGAAAAUGCUGUGAAAAUGAAGCUGCCAUUGAUUUUUCCACAUUUCUGCCUGCUAAUGCAUCAUUUCUGUAUAAAUAUAUUUGACUUUUAGUGUGUAGUUUGACAAUAAACAAAUGUUCACAUUUUACAGUAA